AUGUGCUGUGAAUACCUGUACGGGACGGACUUUAUACGUUUGAAGAAGAGUCGUUUUUUAUCCGAUUCUUGGACGUACCUGUAUGUCAAGGCUCGGUGUUCUCAGAUCUCAGAAGCUAAACGAGCGGACAAGCCCCAGAAGAAGGCCGCGUCCGUGGAGAAGAGCCUGAGAGCGGGAUGGGAGUCGUCGAUCCUUCUGGACGGGACCCCGGUGGAGCGUUUUGUGCUCAGCUCCAGGCCGGGACGAUCGCACCGCUUCACCAAGUGGGACAAGGGCAGCAAGCCUAAUCUGUUUGAGGAUGUGGACCCGGACUGGCUGAACCUGGACGGCUUCGCUGUUCUGAGCGCCGCACCUGUCAACUCAGCAGUCCCUGUCAGACCUCGUCACUCCCUGCCCAGAAACACCACCUCUGCCCACCGCGCUGCUCGUGUGAACCGGACACUUCACCCGUCUGCUCCGGCCCGCCUCAGGACCCAGCACUCCUCCGCCCCGUCCAGCGCCAAAUCCCCCCUCUCCAGGACGCUACGCCGGGCCCCCCAGUCCUCCUCGGGGCCCCGGCAGCCCGAGAGGUACUCCGCGGAGACCCCCCUGCUGGAGAAGAGACGCUAUUACAACUCCAGGCUUCAGGCGGACCAGAGGAGGCACAGGCAGGCUCCCAAACUAACCUCUGAGUCGGUUCAUGUGGUGUCACUGCAGGCUCCCAACAAACCAGGACAGAGCCCAGCCAGCAGAGGAGCAGCCAAAGCGCACAUACCAGAGCCCCCUCCAGAGUACGAGGCUCGGGACAUCAGCGUGAGAGUCAUGUCCCCCAAGUCGGUGCUCAUCUCGUGGGUCGACCCUGCGGUGGAGAUGGGCAAAGUGGAGCCUGGGACCGCACGGUCGUACACGGUGCGGUACAGGGAGAAGGGCGAGUCUGCGCGCUGGGAGUACAAGGACAGCGCUCAGAGGAGGAUGAUGAUCCCUGACCUGUCUGCAGACGGCAUGUACGAGUUCUCUGUGCGCAUCAACCACGAGAACAACCAGGGCAAGUGGAGCGUGUCCGUGUUCCAGAGGACGCCCGAGUCUGCUCCAUCUGGGCCGCCUGAAAACUUUGAGGUGAAGCCGCUGCGAGGGAAAGGAACGGCCGUCAUCGCGACAUGGGACCCUCCGGAUGAACCCAACGGGAGGAUACGAGAGUACACGCUGUCCUACGCUCCCGCCAUGAAGCCGUUUGGGAUGAAGAGCCUGACGUACUCGGGCAGCACCUCCUCGGCCACGGUGGACGGUCUGACCCCCGGAGACCGAUACAUCUUCAAGAUCCGAGCAGCCAACCGCCGAGGCCUGGGCCCGCAGAGCAAAGCCUUCAGCGUGGCCAUGCCGGGAUCCAGCCGCACAGUCUCGAAAAAGAUCGAAGUCAGAAGAACCACCCCAGCUCCAAUAGAACAAGACACCGAUUACGAAGACCCCGAUUUCGAGACGACACCGGCAACAAAUCAAAAUGAAGAAAAUCAUGAGAAACCAAUUUCAAAUUCCAGGACGCAAAUUACCGAAAGCGAAAGAACUGGCUCACGAGCUCAGGGAAGAAUUAGCUCAUCACUUUUGGAAAAAUACCCCUGGCUAGCGACCCGAUUCCCGCAUAGAUUCGGAUCAUCUGCGAAAUCAACAACUUCUGUUUCGAGUUCUAGACAGGAUUCGAGAACUUCGCCAUCAAGGACAAAUUCUUCAUCCGUCGGAGCGGCGAGACCGAUUUCAAGAGGUAUGCCAACUCGAGUUUCAGGGGCAACAGGCGCGGCAGGCGUGUCUAUAAUUCAGGAGACAAGACCAGCAAACGAAGAAAAUAAAAACGUUCCCAAAUCGGAAUCUUUUAAAAAUAAUAUCGGGAUUGAACCGGUAAAGCCUUUUGUAAAUAAAGGAAUUAGCGAAACAACAAGGCAACAGACUACCUCAACAAGCUCUACCCAUUCGAACGGACGUACAAAUUCCGAAGUUACGGACAACGAAAGCCACGAAAGGGACGACGGCGAAGAAAAUAACGAGAAAUCUGAUCGAAAAAAUCCAGAAACUCAGAGUAAAAACACUGACGGCGAAGAAGGAAGCAACAGUAGGACAGUUCCAUCGUCAACAUUAAGAAGACCAAACACAGGAAGCAAUGGUAGAAUACGAUCUUCUCUUUUGCAAAAUAGACAAUUUGGGAGUAGAUUUUCUGUUAAACCGGCACAAACCGACGCAAAACCAGCUUUGACCAGCUCUGAUAGUAACAAUGUCAACGGGAAUUCCCUAACCAGGACGGGUGGGUUGGUGCCCGCCGGUGGAACUUCUCCCGGAGAGGGCGUAAGAGUGCCGGGAGGGAGGACGCGGUACCCGAUACGAGGAAAGCCAGUCAACGGCGGAGGCGUGUACAAGCCAGGCAGUGGAAACGACAAAAAUGGACGACCAAACCUGACAACAGCUGAGGAUAAAGAGCCUGUGACGUUGGACGAGUCGAGUAAAGUGAACGGUCAGAGGUAUAUCACAGGGCCGGAUGGGAUCAAAUGGCUGGUGGACUUGGAGAGAGGUCUGCUCAUGAACUCAGAAGGACAGGUUCUUCAGGACUCACAGGGCAAGCCCAGGAGAGUGGUGCUGGGAGACGACGGCCGCACCAUAUUUGACAUGGCAGGCAGUCCUCUGGUGAACGAGGACGGCGUGGCUCUGUUUGGACACGGCAGAGACAGUCGUCCUGUGGUCAACCCCAAAGACAAGAUGCUCACGUUGGGAGGGAAACCUUUACUGGGCCUGGAUGUACCCAAACGCAAAACUACUACUACUACUACUACUACUACAACUACCACCACUACUACUACAACAACCCCAGCUCCUACUACAACUACAACUACAACUGUAGCUCCUACAACAGAGUGGACCUCUCCUCCAUUCCCAACAUGUCCACCAGGAACCUACUCCAAAACCGAUCAAUACGGACACCCCGAGGUGGAUGAAGAAGGAAUACUGGACUGUUACCCCAUCGAAGAGGAAUCUUCAGGGAUGGAAGACUUCGAGAAAGAUGAGCUGAUGACCCUGCUCCCCACCACCCCCACAGUCCCCAGCACCGUGACCCCCAGACCCACCAACAAAGGGCCCACCAACGAGUUCGACCUCAGCGGCAAGAAGCGCUUCACAGCUCCGUACGUGAACUACAUCCAGAAGGACCCGGGCGCUCCUUGCUCUCUGACCGAGGCUCUGGAGUACCUGCAGGUGGACGUUCUGCAGAACCUGAUGGAGAAGGACAACCUGGUGUCUCAAGCUCCUCCCAAGAACAAGCCUCACAACCUGACCGUGGUGGCCAUGGAGGGCUGCCACUCCUUCAUCAUCCUGGACUGGGCCCGGCCGCUCAAGGACGACAUGGUCUCAGGUUACAUGGUCUACUCGGCCUCCUACGACGACGUGCUGAACAACAGAUGGUCCUCUCGCUCGUCCAGUGGGACACAUCUGCCUGUGGAGAACCUCAAGCCCAACUCCAGGUAUUACUUCAAAGUGCAGGCCAAGAAUGUGUUUGGACUGGGCCCAAUCAGCGACACCAUCACCUACGUCACAGAGUCAGACGAUCCCCUGCUCAUCGAACGGCCGCCUGGUGGAGAGCCCAUCUGGAUCCCGUUCAGUUUUAAGUAUAACUCGGCGCACAGCUUGUGUAAAGGAAGUCAGUACGUCAAACGCACCUGGUACAGGAAGUUUGUGGGCGUGGUCCUGUGCAACUCUCUGCGCUACAAGAUCUUCAUGGGAGACAACCUCAGAGAGCCCUUCUACAGUAUAGGGGACACGCUGGGACAGGGGGAGGACCACUGUCAGUUUGUGGACUCGUACAGGGACGGGAGGACAGGCCCCGCCUACAUGUCCAACAUGCUGCCCUCAGCUCAAGGAUAUUUCCGCGCGUACAGACAGGAGCCGGUGACGUUCGGCGUGAUCGGGCGCAGGACAAACCACCCCUUCGUGGGAUGGUACGAGUGCGGAGUCCCCAUCCCGGGAAAGUGGUAACCUCCUCCAGGCCUGAGGAGAAACGGGACUAUGGACUCAAACCGGGCGAGCGCUCACUAAAGCCCGCCGAUCCCAAAGACUGACACCACUACAUGUACCUGACAGAGAGAGAAUAUAGUACUUUAAAUACUUUGAAAUGUAUAUCUUUAAUUGCACUUUUGUUUUGACAUAAAGCAGUCUGUAUAUGAGGAGAUUAUGUGCAUGUGUGUCUUUGGAAUUGUUUAAAAUCCAAAAUUAUUUAAAUGUCAUUUCCAGGGCGGGACUAUCAAGCAAAGAGUAAAGCAUACACUAUAAACCAAACAUUUUUUAAGAGCUGCUAGUGGUGGUUGUUAAAGAAGCACCGUGUAACUUUUCUUGCACCGAUACAGAUUUUUUUUAAAUUUCCGAUACUGAUUUCGAUACUAGAGCUUUAAGUAUCAGAUCCAA